AUGGUUGGUCAACCUAAUGGCAUUGGCACUGACAAGGAGGCUCGGCUGUCGAUACCGGAUCAAAUCAAGGAAAAUGUUGUGAAAAAAAUGAAAAAUAAUUCCUGGUUAGGCAGAUUAGAUAGGUCAUUUUUAGGAACUGGUCACUCCGCGUGGGACACGAUAUGCAUCUUUCUGGCGGAAUUCUUCGGCACCGCCAUGCUUAUGUUUUUGGGUUGCAUGUGUACGGUGCACGGUUUCGGCAAUGAGCCCACCAACAUGUCCGCCGGAUUGGGUUUCGGCUUCACCGUCAUGAUGGUCAUCAUCGUUUUCGGCUGCGUGUCCGGUGCUCACAUCAACCCGAGCGUAUCGAUUGCAGGCUACAUCUAUCACCUGAUGACGCUUCCGAUGCUCAUUCUCUACCUGAUUGCUCAAUUCUCGGGAGGACUCGUCGGCUACGGUCUGCUGAUGGGUAUCACACCGGCGAAACUUUUCUCCAACGCUUUGGAGGUAGGCCAAGGAACUUGCGUCACUGCACCGCAUGAUGAUCUUUCGGUGGUGGACACAUUCUUGCUGGAGUUCUUCAUAACGGGAAUUCUGAUCUGGACUAACGUCGGACUUUGGGAUCCAAGAAAUCGGAAAAACACCGAGUCUAUUCCGUUGAAGUUCGCCUUCAUAGUCGGUGGAAUCUCGAUCGCUGGUGGACCAUACACGGGAGCCAGUAUGAAUCCGGCCCGAACACUGGCGCCGGCGAUCUGGAACUCAAGCUAUAAAAUGUUGUGGGUAUACAUGGUAGCUCCUCCACUGGCUGGAGUCAUAUUCACCCUAAUUUACAAAUAUGUUUUCCGAAGAGAAGUCCCCGAAGAGGAAACGCCCGUCAAACCUAUGGUUCUGACGGAAGAAGUAGUGGUUAGCACCGUCGACCACCCGAAAUCACAGGAAACCCGAACCCGUCCGAUUCGGAUUGGGUUCGGGUCUGAGUCUGACAAUAAUAAAACAGGAUCGGGCUGA